CAUGCAGCAAAAUUGUGCGUAAAAAAGCUGAGACCAUUACCUCUGUUGUGUAUCUCUUUUCAGCUGAAGUGUUGCCAUUCUUCGCAGUUGCAAAACGGAACGCGUUCCAGCGUGAAUUGUGGCGUCACUUCUGCGUAGCGUGAUAGAAUCGUACCUAAAAGUGGGAAACUCUUCUGAUCGGAUUACGCAUUUUUCGCUGUGGAGUGGUCAGUUUAACGAAAUCACAAGUUAGCAUCAUGAGUGAGAAUCGUGGGUUUGGUUUCGGGUGUCGAGAAGCCCCGGAUAUUUGCGACAAGUUUUUGGAAAACCAAGGAUACUACCGCAAGCACACAGCAUUAGAUUCGUCCUCGCUGUUCCGCGUCGUCUCCGAACAGCAGUACAGCAUCCAGUUACACCACGAGGAAGUCCGCAAGCAAUGUGUAAACUACAUGCGCGCCAAUAGAGCGCAAUUUAAAAAGGAUAUCAAGUGGGACUUUGAAGGGUAUUUGGAAAAUAUGAGUCGGCUGAAAACGCACGGUACCCUGGUGGAACUGAAAGCCUUGGCGCAUCUUCACAAAGCCAAUGUUCGCUUGUUCGAACCGUUUGCCGAUGGAAAAUGGUUCCUGCAGAAUGAUUCGUACGAUAAUCUUUGGAGAGUGUUUAUCGGGCGUAAUAAUCAUUUCGAUUCGAUUUAUACCAUGGACCACAUUACUAAUAUGGCCGAAUGCCAGGCGAUAGUGUACGACAUACUGUACACGAAGGUGUUGCUAAUGCCUGACGUGCAGUAUGCGGUUGAGCGGAUGCUGCACGAUUCUGAAGAUCACAGGAUCACGUACGACGAAGACGAGCAGGGUAGCAAAGUCGUCACAACAGAAGAUGGCCGACAAAUGAAGCUGAGCGCGGCUAGCGAAACGGAAUGCGUGCUGAAGAAUUCGCAGCUGUGUCAUUUCCAUAACAUAACAAACUUUGAUGCGAUUCAGCAGUUCUUCGCCAUCCAUGGUUCGGCCGAGGGCUACCGUGUGUACGUUGGGCUGAACGUGCGUCAGGGUGUAAGGAAGCCGAAUCCGUUGCUGGAGGACCAAAACUUGUCCUGCGUGCGUCAGUUGCUGAACCUAGGCAUUACGCCGUUCCCGUACAAGGUGGCCAAAGCACUCGAUCGUAACAUCUACCGGAACGUGGAGUUUGACGUGUGGCACGAGAUCCGGGCGGAGAAAUGGAAAGCACAUCUUUUGCAGAUAACACACACAGCACAUAACGAGAACCAAAUCGAUCAAACGAGACAAUCUUACGAAGAUAGAUAUAUGCAUGAAGGCAAUCGUCGUGGCAAGCGUAUAGAAUUCGUUAAAAAUCCGUUUAUAGAGCCAUCCGAGAUAAAUGAAGUGAUCGAUUCCAUAGCGGAAGACGAGCCCCCUGCACAGCAAUUGAACACAAACGAAGUAGCCGAUCCUCAUCUGGAACUUGUUCCCUAUCCGGUGGAGCAGUGCGGGUAUCUUCCGCGACCAGUUCAGUUCGGCGACACGAACGCGGUUGGUGUGGUGGCCUCCGAUCAAAACCAAUUUCCCUUUGGUGACAAGAACGGGCAGUGUUCUGCAGGAGGGGUAGGAUGCUGUACAAUUCUCCCGUUCUACCCUGUUGCUCCAAUGACAUUUCGUGCAUUACCUGGACUGAAUCAAAUACAGCAGCAGCUGCCCGCCAUUAUGCCAAAUAACAAUCAACAGCUUGUUUCUGAACAGCAGCAACAGCAACUGACAUUUGUGCCGAACUCCUCCACGGUGAUUAAAACUUCCAACGAAUGUUCAAUGCUGUACCAUAUGCAACAAACUCAGAUAACUCAGCAGGUGUUGCAGCAUCAAAUACAACAGCAGCAGCUCCAGCAACAGCAGCAGCUCCAGCAACAGCAGCAGCUUCAGCAACAGCAGCAGCUCCAGCAACAGCAGCAGCUCCAGCAACAGCAGCAGCUCCAGCAACAGCAGCAGCUCCAGCAACAGCAGCAGCUCCAGCAACAGCACCAACAGCUGCAGCACCAAGAACAGCAGGAACACCAACAGCAGCAGCAACACCAACAGCAGCAGCAGCAACCGCAGAUCAUUUGCCCAUACGUUCCGAUUGCUGGACAUGCACCGUACAUACAUGGGUGCAUUUAUAACUGUUUGCCAAACGUAGGGGAAGCAAGCAAUCAUGGUACAAUAGCGUUGGCGUACGAUAUAAACCCGUUGAAUUCGCCGCCGCCUUUUAAUUGUGCUCAAUUUUGGCCCAACAAUUAAGCUGAAUGUUUGCUUUUGAUGCUAAUGUAACGGUUUACUUCUUCGAUAAUUUAAUAUCGAUUUUUUGUCAUAAAGAGUUCUCUUAAAACUUGAUUGAGGUAGUCGAAACAGAAUCUCAUGUCUUGCUCUUUAUCGCUUUUUUUUGAUUUCGUAUACUGAUCGUAUUUCGUAUUUGAUAUUGAUGAAAUUGAUUUCGUAACUUGUUUUUGUGAAUUCCUCACAUACUCAGCCAAUCCGAUCGUGUGUGGGUUACAUUUAAAGUGUGGAUUUUUUGGCAUUACUGAAAAGUAUGUUCUAUAUUUACACGAUAUUUCUUGAUCGAAUUUCAUGUAAACAAUAAAAA